GCUCUGCGCGCGGGAUUUAAUUUAACAACAGCGCGCUAGCAGCUGCUCGCCUUCGCGCGGAGCUCUAACACGAAAGGAACAAAUUAACAAGCAAACAAACAAACAAACAAACAGAGAACCGGAAAAGAAGAAGACACGGUCACUACCAUGGCGACUCCACCGAAGAGAACGUGCCGUGUUCCCGCCAGUUUGUCCCGCAGAGAGAAGAAGAUCUCCAUCGAGGGAAACAUCGCUGCAGGAAAGUCUACGUUUGUUCGUAUCCUGCAGGGGGCGUCAGAAGACUGGGAGGUGAUUCCUGAACCCAUUGGGAAAUGGUGCAACAUUGAGAACAACAGCGAGGACGUUUACCAGGAGUUGAGUUCCUCUCAGAAGAGUGGAGGGAACCUGCUGCAGAUGUUAUACGACAAACCAAGCCGCUGGUCCUACACCUUCCAGAGUUAUGCGUGUCUCAGCAGAGUUCGUUCUCAGCUUCAGUCUCCGUCAGUCAAACUUCAACAGGCAGAGAAACCCGUCCAGUUCUUUGAACGCUCCGUAUACUCUGACAGGUAUGUGUUUGCGUCUAACCUGUUUGAGACUGGUAGCCUGUCGGAGACUGAGUGGAGUGUGUAUCAGGACUGGCACACCUGGUUACUGAACCAGUUUGAAGAGGACAUCGCCCUAGACGCCAUCAUCUACCUCAGAGCCCCCCCACAGCGCUGUAUGCAGCGGCUUCUGCAUCGGGGCCGUGAGGAGGAGCAGGGGAUUCCUCUGGAGUAUCUGGAGCAGCUUCACUUCAAACAUGAAAGCUGGCUGUACCACAGAAACCUGAGGUUGGACUUUGACUACCUGAAUGAUCUACCAGUUCUUAUUCUGGACGUCGACGACGACUUCAAAAACGAUCGCAUCAAACAGGAAGUCAUCAUUGACAAGGUGAGAGACUUUCUCUCCUCACUCUGAAACGUCAUCAACCGAUCAGAGCUUCUGAUGCGAGCAGCGGCUCCUCUGAUUGGACGGAUCAGUCCCCCUGUGUGGUGUUCAGAUUUUAAACUCCACUGUAAAAAGUGUUGAUUUUAACUUCAGUGACUCUUUUUCACUUUAUGAAUUUUCAUUAUUUUUAUUUUUGUAUAUAAACAUUAAAAUGUAGUCACAAGGCUAAUAAUGAUGGCAUCGUGUGUGUGUGUGUGUGUGUGUGUGCGCGUGUGUGUGGGCGUGUGUGUGGGCGUGUGUGUGUGCGCGUGUGUGUGUGCGCGUGUGUUCUCUCUCAAUGUUUGUCCUGACAUUGAGCUAUAAGUGAACACCUCAUGACGGAUUCAGGGGCAGAUGCUUUUCUCUGUAAAUGUGUGAUUAAAGAUCGCCACGCUGAAAGUUCGAUGACA